CUGCGGAAAGGCGAGGGGGUGGUGUGCGUGGUUUCAUUGCUGUCCGCCCGGAUUGUGACUCGAAGCUAGACAAGAUGACUACCACCGAAGGAGAUGCAGAAGUAUUUGCUUUCCAGGCUGAGAUUGCUCAGCUGAUGUCCCUUAUCAUCAACACCUUCUACUCAAAUAAAGAGAUUUUCCUCCGUGAGUUGAUUUCCAAUGCCUCUGAUGCCUUGGACAAGAUCCGGUAUGAGUCUCUGACAGAUCCGUCCAAGCUGGAUGGUGGCAAGGAUCUGCACAUCAAGAUCAUCCCAAACAAGAAUGACCGCUCAUUGACCAUCAUUGACACCGGUAUCGGCAUGACAAAGGCUGACAUGAUCAACAACUUGGGUACCAUUGCCAAGUCCGGCACCAAGGCUUUCAUGGAAGCUCUGCAGGCGGGAGCUGACAUUUCCAUGAUUGGUCAGUUCGGCGUGGGUUUCUACUCGGCUUACCUCGUCGCUGAUAAGGUCACUGUGCACAGCAAGCACAACGACGACGAGCAGUAUGUGUGGGAGUCGUCGGCUGGUGGCUCAUUCACUGUCCGUGUCGAUACCGAGGAGCCUCUCGGCCGUGGCACGAAGAUUGUCCUGCACCUCAAGGAGGAUCAGACGGACUACACAGAUGAGAAGCGGAUCAAGGAGGUGGUGAAGAAGCACUCUCAGUUCAUUGGUUAUCCCAUCAAGCUCUUUGUGGAGAAGGAGAGGACAAAGGAGGUUUCGGAUGAUGAAGAGGAGGAAGAGGACAAGGAGAAGAAGGAAGAGGACAAGGACAAGCCCGAAGUUGAGGAUGUUGGUGAAGAUGAGGAGGGUGACAAACCAGACAAGAAAAAGAAGAAAUCCAUUAAGGAGAAGUACACCGAUGAAGAAGAGCUCAACAAAACCAAGCCCAUCUGGACUAGGAACCCGGACGACAUUAGCCAGGAGGAGUAUGGAGAGUUCUACAAGUCCUUGACCAAUGAUUGGGAGGAUCACCUGGCUGUGAAGCACUUCUCCAUCGAAGGCCAGCUGGAGUUCCGGGCGCUGCUGUUCGCUCCGCGACGUGCUCCGUUCGACCUGUUCGAGAACCGUAAGAAGAAGAACUCAAUCAAGCUCUACGUCCGUCGCGUAUUCAUCAUGGAGAACUGCGAGGAGAUCAUCCCAGAAUACCUCAACUUCAUGCGCGGCAUCGUGGACUCUGAGGAUCUGCCGCUGAACAUUUCGCGCGAGAUGCUGCAGCAGAGCAAGAUUCUGAAGGUCAUCAGGAAGAACCUGGUCAAGAAGUGCGUAGAGCUGUUCGAAGAAAUCGCAGAGGACAAGGAAAACUACAAGAAGUUCUACGAGCAGUUCGGGAAGAACCUCAAGCUCGGCAUUCACGAGGACAGCACCAACCGCAAGAAGUUGGCGGAUCUCCUGCGUUAUUACACGUCGGCUUCGGGCGAUGAGCCCUGCUCUCUCAAGGACUACGUGUCUCGCAUGAAGGAGAACCAGACGCAGAUCUACUACAUCACGGGCGAGUCGCGUGACCAGGUGGCCAACUCUGCUUUCGUUGAGCGCGUCAGGAAGCGCGGCUUUGAGGUGGUCUACAUGGUAGAGCCGAUUGACGAGUACUGCGUGCAGCAGCUGAAGGAGUAUGAUGGAAAGCAGCUCGUAUGUGUGACGAAGGAGGGACUUGAGCUGCCAGAAGAUGAAGAGGAGAAGAAGAAGCUGGAGGAGGACAAGGCGAAGUAUGAGAAUCUUUGCAAGGUCAUGAAGGACAUCCUAGACAAGAAGGUAGAGAAGGUUGUGGUGUCCAACAGGCUGGUGUCUUCACCUUGCUGCAUCGUCACGUCGCAGUACGGCUGGUCGGCCAACAUGGAGCGCAUCAUGAAGGCCCAGGCGCUUCGCGACAACUCUACCAUGGGGUACAUGGCGGCCAAGAAGCACCUAGAGGUUAAUCCUGACCACAAGAUCAUCGAGGCGCUGAAGCUGAAGGCGGAUGCGGACAAAAACGACAAGAGCGUCAAGGACUUGGUGAUGCUGCUGUUCGAAACUGCGCUCCUCAGCUCUGGCUUCAGCCUGGAAGAUCCCGCUGUGCACGGCUCUCGCAUCCACAGGAUGAUCAAGCUCGGUCUGGGCAUCGAUGACGACGGUGAGCCGGAGGUGGCGGAGGCUGUGACCGAGGAGAUGCCGCCCCUGGAGGGGGAGGACGAAGACGCCUCGCGCAUGGAGGAGGUCGACUAAGAAGUUAUCUAGCUUUCACUUGCAUUUCUUUCAUACCAUUAUCAUUUUUGUUUGUUUGCUGCUGUUUGCCAAGACGUGUAUAUGUGAUCCUGAUGAGCGAAAUACAGAUGACAUGUAAU